AUGUCCAACGCCUUCCUCGUCCCCCAAAUUUGCGCCCUAAUCGAGCUCAGAGGCUUUGGUGACAUUGGCGAAUGGAACUACUUUCUACGAGUCGAACUUGACGCCGAAGGCCUGGCAGAAUACGUAUUGGGACCUGCUAGUGCUGUGCCCGAACCGGAUAAGGAGACGGCGGUGCCUGACGCACACAAGGCUUGGAGACUGGCACGCGCUAGGGCCAUGCAGAUUUUAUGCUCGACGCUGAGGAGGCAGGAUGUAAUUGCGAGGCUCCAAAGCAGCGGCUGGGACCCUAAUAACAUGGAUCCCGCGUAUCUUUAUCAGUUGCGCAACGACAGCAGCAGCAGCAGCAGCAGCAGCAGCAGCAGCUCACCCUCCAUCUCCCACGAUUGUUGUCUCAUCGAGCUCCGCGGUCCGGAAAACAUCCGCGCAUGGAGCCACUUCCUGCGCGUCGAGCUCGACGCCGCAUUCCAAGACCUGUCCACGGCCGUAUUCGGUACCCCUAUGGACUUUCCUCGGUCGAGCGUGGAGAAUGCCAGCCUCGAGGCACGCGAAGCCUGGAGGAUAUGGAAGGUACAGCGCGCCAAGGCCCUGAGAAUUUUGUGUUCGACGUUGAGAAACCCAAAAGUGAUGGAGCGCCUUGUCGAGCAAGAGGGCUGGGACCCGAAGAAGGACGCAGAUCCUGCGAGUCUUUAUCAAUUGAUCUGGAAGAUUUUUGGGCCUCCUGCUGAGAAACCAGCUACUGGUACUGGUACUGCUUCCUCGUAG